AUGGUAAUUGUGGCUGAGUGUGCUGGUAUCAUAGAAGAAAUUGGCAGGGUGCCUUUAGGUAUAGGUAUUAGCUAUGAAAGUUUUGCAUUGCAUGGUGCCUUUAGGCAUAGGGUGAAGAGAGCCAUGAAAGGAGGAAGAAAGAAUUUGAAGAGAGCGGCCGAGGAACAGAACUUUAAUCUUCAGCAAGGCCAAAGCAUUAUGCAAGUUGUGGACCUUCGUGGCUCCAAUCUCAUUCAGGUAAUGGAUGCGAAAGGCGAGAGAUCACUAGCACUAUUUCCAGCUAAAUUCCAGAAGAGCAUGUGGAUUAAACGAGGGAGCUUUGUUGUGGUGGAUGAGAGUGGGAGAGAGGAGGCUGUUGAUAAUGGUAGAAAAGUGGGUUGCAUGGUCACACAAGUUCUGUACUAUGAACAAGUUCGUACGCUUCAAAAGUCUCUGGAAUGGCCAGAUAUCUUCAAAUCCCCUAUUAUAGACAGUUCUAAUGCAGAUUCACAUGGACACACUCCCCUGCAGGAGGAGAAUGUAUCUAACUCAAGUGAUGACGACGGACUUCCUCCACUGGAAGCCAAUAUGAACAGAGUGAAGCCUUUAGAGGUGCAAUCAGAUACAGAAUCAGAUUCAGAUACAGAAUCUUGAUCCGUACUUGUUGAUCUCAACACAAUGGACGACAAUCCAUUGACACUUCUGUGUCUUCUUUAAUGCUAUGUGUGUCCAAGAGUCACAUUUCAUGUUCUUUUUUUUUUUUUAUUGAUUGUAGUGGGAUUGCUUUCUACUCGAGAUUUUGCUUCCAGAAACAUCCCACCUUGAUCGCUAGUUAUAUACAGAAUUAUUCAUAUAAUAGGACCAAGGCCAUUGUUAUAUAGUACAUGACCUAGCAUGGGAGAUGGAUUAAUUGUUAUCUUCGAGUAGUGUUGUACCUGAACUUGCAAUGUCAUUGCUAGUUUUUCCCAAAAAUAAAGGGCAAUUGUAGUUUUUCUUCUUAUUUUUUCUUGUGUUGUAAACAUACCAUUUACCAUGUAAUGUAAGUGUAUCUAGUUUCCUUCUUCC